CGGCCUCUCACAGGGACGUUCGUCUCGGCCUUCACCGUGCUGUGUGGCGCCCGCACUGACCUCCCGGACAGGCACGUGUGCUGCGUCUUCUGGCUGAACAUCGCCGCGGCCCUCAUCCAGAUGCUCACGGCCAUCGUCAUGGUGGGCUGGAUUAUGAGCAUCUUCUGGGGCAUGGACAUGGUCAUCCUCGCCAGCUACAAGGAGCAGGGCAUCCCACAGCAGCUGUGAGCCCGGGCGAGCCACUGAGAAGCCCGGUGUCCCGGAGGGCCACGUCAGGCAGAGGCGGGCACGGGGUCUUCACAUAUUCUCUUCUGCCGCUUCCCGGGUUUGGAGUGGAAAGAGGGGACUUAAAAAUAUUAUUUAUUUUGAAAACGCAUCUGCUUCUCUCAGCAGGCUCUAAGGGCUACCAGCUCCUCCCGCUGCUCCAGAAAGCCCUGUAGUGCAGACACACAGAGCAUCUGGGUUGGGUGGGGAGUGGGAUGGAAAUGGGAAUGCCUAGAGAGAGGCAGGAGCGCCCCGGCUCGGCCCGCUUCGCGUCACCCGCCGCCCACUGCGAGGGCACGAGGGGCCGCCAGUCCAGGCAGCAGUGGCCCUGUCCAGAUGAGCAGGGCUCGUCAAGGGGCAGGACUGCAGUGGACACCUCCUCCGGGUCCCCAGCCCCUGCCAGAUUGGUCUCCUGGGGGCAGCGGGAGUGAGGAUGGACAGACUCCAGCCCAGCGUGGAAAGGCCUGCUGUGCCCUCAGCUGUCAGGGGGACAGAUCUCCGCAGGUGUCUGCUGACCCUAAUCGCAGCCCUCACCUCCUCGCCCCUGAAAUCUCCAGGCCUGGGUGUGUUUGACCUUUGUUUCCCUGGGAAGGAGGGCAGUGGCUCCAUUCCCGGGGCGAAACUGCUGGAAUUGCCUGAUGUUCAUACACAAAUUUACCAACCCAGGUUUGCAUGGGCAGCCUUUCCCGUUAUACUUAACACCAUUUGGGGUCCACACCCCUUUUUCUGAAAUCCUUGGGGCCAAAUGGGUCUCUGACCUGACAAAUUUUGGAUCUGAGGAGGAGGAUAAGAGAUGUUUGCCAUACAUUUCCUUACAGCCCGGCAGAGUCUGGAACAGCUCACCACCAUCAAACACGUGACCAUUUCUGCAAAGAAACAUGUGAAUAGUCAGACUAAUUAGGAUCAAUAAAACUGUAAAUAGCCUUACCUCAGUACAGGUCAGAUUUUGCCACUAAAUAAGCUAUGGGAGAAAAGUCACCAUUUGAGAGCUUUGGUGGUUUUAGGAUCGCAAAAAACAGAAAGAAAAAACAAAAUUGUAUGGGGUGCUGGCCCUCUCUCUGAAAAUCCUUCUUGCAAACAGAUGCAUUCAGGUGAUACUGUUGGUGUUACACAGGGAUUUCUCCUGUUGCGAAGGGACGGUCAGGCCCUUUAAGACACCUCUGUGAGUGACUGUUACAGAGCCGGGAGCCAACAGAAGCUGUCUGAUUCAAGAUCCAUCAGAAGUUAAGAGAAUGGAGACCUACAUGACAGGGACGAGAUGGACAUUUACAUGUCUGUUUUCUUUUCAUUUUCAUUCUAAUGUAGGAAUCGCUAAAAUGUGGGACUGGCCCAAAGCCAAGUUUUUGGCCUGAAUGGACUUUGUGCCAUUGGGUGUGUUUCUUUCCAAGGGGCAUUUCCUAUCCAUCAGGGGCUCAGUCAGAAUUUGGCCAGGGCUGGAGCAGUGGCCUGUCUGGCCUUUUUCCCCAAAGGCUUGGGGAGCCGGCCUCAGGACAGGUCCCUCGCUCCACCGUGAGCCCCUUUGCGAGCCGCUGCUUGCAUAGUCUCUGUUCCUACAACCCUCCACCUGGGGCAGUGGCCCACCUACCCCAUCCGCUGGGCUUUCUAAUUACAGUCCUGCUGGGAAGUGGGCCUCAGGGUCCCUGUGGCCCGGAGAGCAAACCGGCAUCCUGGGAGAGACAGAAUUCCUUCCAGCCACUUGCUCCCCUAGCCCACCCUGGCCCUGACUCAGGGAUGGGUUCUCUCCUUGGCCUGAUCCUACCCCGCUGUCUACUCCUUAGCUCUGAUGAGCUGCCUGGGGCGGGGUUGCACUUUCUGGACACCUGGCAGUGUCUAUCUCUUCCCCCUCCUUUCUUCCUGGCCCCAACCUGGGCCUUUGCUGCUCCUUUCACGUUUGGCAGCCUCUGUGUUUUCAAGGUGUGGGCUCAGAUCUGGUUUUAUCCAGAAAGUCAGAACCUUCUGCUGUGUGAAGACAGCAUCCUCCAGGCCAAGAGGAGAGCAGGCUGGCGGCUGGCUGCUCUCGAGGAAGCGGCAUCAGAGCACAGAGCCUCCCCUAGAAUCAGAUAAAAACAGCUCCAGCUGAGGAAAGUAACUCCAGCCCACGGCCCGUCACCCUAAACAGCUCCCCCGAGUUUGCUUGACUCCCCGGAGAGAUGACAGGUAUCAGGAGGGGACUGCCCCCACAGGGAGAGGGGGGAUCUUAUUUUCCUGGCGUGGCCGGGGGUGGCUGCUAAGGAGGUAGAGAAGAGAGAGCAAUUUCUGUCUCGUGUUUAGUGACACAUUCAGACACGGGUGGAGUUUUCUUGAGUGACAAGUGUCACCAUGUGUCCCAGUGUGAGAUGGUUUCAUGCCAGGGUUUGUGUGCUUGGAAGGACAUCUCCCCUCCUACCCCCCGGUCCCCGGACCCUCCCCUCACCUGCGGCUGCUUCUCCAAACUUGAGAAGACACCAGCCUCAAGAGGCAGCCCCUUUCCAGGUAACUGACGUGCAGAAGAAACCAAAAGGACCCCAGCCCGUCUUCUGAACAAUGAGUCUAUGAGGAUUGCCAGGCGGGUGGAACGGCUCAAAAUAGCUUCUCUCUGAGUGAGACCAUGGUCUCAGAAUCAUCAUCAUCAUUAGAUAAGGAACAGUGGCUGGUGUCCUGUUAGUCCCCUGAGCUGGCCGCUCAGGCUUUUAGAUGGCCAAAGUUAAUUUCUGAAACACCAGCCGGCUGAAAAGCAUGGUUCUCUGGCCAGCAAGAGCUGGGUUGACACACAGCCCUUUGCUGACAGAUCUGGGCUUACCUCAGUGGUACAGCACAAGGGUGAUGGUCCAGAAACUCCAGGGUACAUUUCAGGUCCAGCCAUUUAUCAGUCAGAAUUCCGUAGGACAGUCCUAGGCCACGGGUGUUCAGGGCAGGGAUCACAGGCACACAGAGAACUUCACAGUGAAUGAGAUACUCCCAGAACCUCAUUAUGACACUUGGAACACAGUGGCCAUUCCCUUGGGCCAGAGCAGGAUCCCAGAGCAAGAAUCAGCCACCUGGCCGCCUGGGAGUGUCUUGCGGACGGUGGACACAGCUGACCUGGAUCUUAAGAUCUGAGCCCAAGCCAGGACUUCGGGCCGGGAAGGCCGGGGUCCCCGUGGGGAGCAAAGGGGCGGAUGGCUCCCGGCUCCGGUCCGGCACCCCUCCCGCCUGCCGUGGCGCUGAGGCUGCAAGCAGGAGCCCUCCCGCGGCCCCUGCCUGACGAGCAGCAGGCCUGGCCUUGGAGCCAGCCUCGGGCUGCACUUGAGGGAAUGUAAGGAGGGGACACGAGGCCCUCUCUCUGCUGCCUCGGACCCACGUGUCAGCCCCCACGACAAGGGCAGCCUCUAGAUGCUGAGCCCUUGCCAGGCACUGUGGGGUGCAUUUCAUCUCCUGUGACCCUUACCGAUAGCCUGCCGGGGAAUCGGAGGAGGGGGUUAUCAGUGUGCAGGGAUGGGAGGGGGUGGGGUGUUUUUCAGAUGUCAGAACUGAGGCGACAAGAGAGGGUCCUCUCGGGGGGCAGUGCCCGGCCCACUCAGAAGUAAUAGGGUGCCACCCUGCUGCCACCAUCCUGGGCGGCCCUCAAACCUGCGCUCCCUUGAUGAAGGAAGGCAAACCUGCCUGGUCCCAACACGCAGGACCCCGCCCAGGGGCUCCAGUCCCUGACCCACCGUGUCUCAGAGGCACAGCAGUGAUUUCAGCCUCGUCUGGGCGCCACCAGGGCUGAGGAGCUGUAGGGGGCACGCAAACGGGAAGGACAGAAAGAAAGAAAGCCACACGGCAACGUUUCCCCCUGGAGGAACGGGGACCCAGAUCUGAGAAAGAAAAACCAAACACCAAGCCCUGAGGCCAGUGAAAGGAGGGACCGAAUCCACGGGACCAGGAGGAUGGCUUCCAAAGGCCUGGGGCUCCUGAGGAGGGAAGCAAGGGGCUGGCUGACAGUGGUCUUUCUGGGCCAUCUUGGCUCUCUAAAAUUAAAACAAACAAAGACCUGACAUGUUUUCUUUAGUGAGCCCCCAUCCCUGCCCAGACAGGUGAGUUUGUGAGGGUCACUUCAGUUCUGCCUGGAUCCACCUCCCUCUGGGCCGCUGGGCCCCAGCCAGGGCGGAUCCUACCCUGGGAGAAGCUGGGCCAUGGGCUCCAGGCCCACCUCAGGAUUUAAUGACACCCGCUGUUUUUAUCCUGUUAGUGGUGUUGACAGAGAAAGCCUCCUCCAUUGUGUCAACGGCCUGGGGAUAUGCAAUUGAGAUGUAAGUCCUCCAGUUGUUGGCUGCAGGGGCUGUUCACUGUUACUGCUACUCCCUCUGGCCAGCUUGCUUAGAGGGCUUUCAACAGGGGCAUCAGAGGUGGAUGAACACUUUUAAAUCACCAGCCGCCGCUUCGGCCACACUGACCCUCCCCAGAGACCAUGACCUUGGCAGUGGGACGAGCAGUCUGAGGCAGUUGCUGACCCUCCGCGGACACACACUCCCCCGUGGAACCUGGCCUUUGCCUCUAUGGGCUCCCUGUGCUGGCCUCUAGUAGGCCCACCAGGGGAGGCUCCCUGUUUUGCUUUUAUGCAUUCAGCAAGCGCUCCGUGGGCACUGAGUGGGCCAAGCAGGUCCUGGGCGUGGCCUCGGAGGAGCAGCUCAAAGAUACCACUUACCUGGUGAGCUAGGAUCCCCACCUCCACAGGUGGAAUAGCAAGGUGAGUGGAGGUCCAAGAGACGAGAUGCUCUCCAGGGCCUGGGGCUGGAGCCUCUCCCCCGCAGAGAGUUCUGUGUGUAUUGGAGGAGACAGGAGUCCAGGCUGUCAGGGGAAGGGAGGCUGAGGUCAGCCUGAGCAGGUGGCGAUGCCCGGGGUCCUGUAUUUUUCAUCACUUUUCUUCCCGUUGGAUUCUUAGAACCUCAGAACGCUCUUGGGCUCAACAGAGGUGUGGAGGCUUACGCUCAGAUUCUCAUGGAUCCACCCCAGAUCCCACGUGGAGACAGGAUGAGCCGCUCUGCUGACGGAUGGGGGAAACCCCAACCAGAGUGACCCCGAAUGUCCCCCGAAGCCCCGGGGGUGAGUUACAGCCUCAGCGCUAUUCGUCUCUCCCAGUGUCUUGUGCCUCAGUUUAAAAUCUAUAGCUUGGGUACAAGGAGGGGCUUGGGCAACCGUCAUCCUUCCCACUUCUCUCAGAGCAAAGGGCAUGGAGGACGAGCCUUGUCAGGCGAGGGCCAGGGCCAGGGCCAGGGAGUAGCCGGCCCCAUGGACUUAGAGGCCAGGACUCUUCCUAGUAAAACAGAAACACUGGCCCCCCAAUUCUGCUCUCCCUUCCUGAUUCUGCCCCAGAGAGGGGAGGUUGACCACAGGGUCCCACUUGUGUGUCCUAAUUUCUGGUACAAGUUGCCUCUCGCUUUUGAUUUAGCUGUGGAAUCUCUGUUCCUAACCCCUCUUCCUCCCUGUCUGGAUUUGCCAAAAUGCCAACCACCCAGGCUGGUCCGGACUCCACGGUCAUCCCCGACCCCGCACCUUCACCCUGGAGUGAGCAGAAGCACAGACACAUGCACACCCCUGCCUGUGCACACACACAGCGCGCACGUGCACACUCACAGCCCCUUUGAUGCUGGGAGAAGUCAGGCCAGGGUCUGUCUGGAGACUCAGGAUUGGUACUUACCGUCUCCAGAGGAGCCCCGUGCCCCAUCCAGGGGCCACCUCCCUUCAGCAGGGCCUCUGGCCGGUGGUACUUUUGCCGUCGUCACCCCCAUCCCAGGCCCAGAUGCCCACACUGUUUCCUCUCCCUCCAGGGCCCCUGGUCUUGGAACUCUUCCUCCCAGGGUCCACGGGCUUAGCACCCACACCUCACCAAACCUGGCUGUGCUCAGCCCCAUGCCCCAGCUUGGCCUUCUGUGGGAGGGGCAAGAAGAGUCUGCCCAGAGAAGAGGGGACAGUGGUCUCCUUCUGGGCUCUUGUAGGACUGCAGACAACCCUGUCCUCUGAGGUCCUUUUCUGUUCCUACAACCCUCCCACCAGCCCCGGUAUAGGAACCAGUGAGGAGAGAAGGGGGACAGAGGUCACGUCCACCCGACUUUCUGGCCCAUGUUCCAAGCAGGGAGAGGGUGACGUGGCUCUAAGUGGCCUGGGCGCCCUGAGGGAGCCCUUGGCCGGCCCCCUUCACAGCCUAAGCUCCAUGCUGUUGUACGUGAUGCCAUUUUUAAAGAAAACAACAUACAUAGAAAGAGGACUGGUUCUGUUGCUUAUCAGCUGAAUUUAUAUAUGGAUGAGUGCUGUGAUUUACAGUUUUUGAU